AUGACGAGCGAUACUGAGCAGUUAAUUGAGAAACCGUCUGAUGAUAAAAAGAGUGUUAUAACGAUACAUAAAGUUGCAGCUGCAAUAAUUGUUGCAGUAUCUGUGUUAUUUAUAUGUCUGGCAAUUUUUUUUGCUCUUCUCUACUUUGGUUCCUACAAGGAAUUGUUACCCAGUUGGGUUGGACCAAGAAAUAAUCAAACUAGCUACUAUGGCAAAGCUGCUGUAGCAUCCGAUAAUGUACGGUGCUCUGAAGUUGGCCGUGAUGUCCUAAUCGAAGGUGGCAAUGCCGUAGAUGCAGCGAUUGCAACAAUGAUCUGCCUUGGUGUUGUAAAUCCAAUGAGCAGCGGACUUGGUGGUGGUCAUUUUAUGACCAUUUUCAACGCUUCAACUGGAAAAUGUAGUUCAAUUGACGCCCGUGAAACAGCACCUCAUGCAGCCUUCAAAAACAUGUUUGAUAAUAAACCGGAAGACGCACGAAAAGGAUGGCGAGCCGUAGCCGUUCCUGGUGAACUUCACGGUCUUAGAACUGCAUAUGAGAAAUAUGGUGGCAAGUUGUCUUGGCGUAGACUGUUUCAACCUUCGCUAGAAAUGCUUGCAGUUGGCGUUCCUGUUUCACAAGCAUUAGCUGCAGCACUGAAGAUGGAAGAAAGAAACGUUUUAGUUGAGCCAACGCUCUCUGAUUUUGUAGAUCCUAAAGAGAAGACCGUAUAUAAAUAUGGCAAUAUCAUGAAAGGUCGUGUCAUGUUGAGAGACACUCUAAAGUAUUUGGCCAAUGCAAAAAAUCCAAUUGCUGAAUUCUACGAUGGUGAAAUGACGAAACUGUUUGCUGGAGAAUUUGAAGAAAAUGAUGGCAUCAUUACGCUCGAUGACUUCAAAAAUUACUCGUCAAUUGUUCGAGAAGAAUCUGAAAUGAUCGUUACAAAUAUUGGCAAUUACACUGUUUGUGGUCCACCUCCUCCGUCAUCUUCAGCAGUUACUCAAAGCAUAAUACAAAUACUGCAUUCAUACCGCAACGAAUUGGACGAGUCAAACACUGAAAUCAAUGUAGAUAUUCUGCACAAAUUCAUAGAAGCAUCACGAUUCGCUUACGCUGCAAGAAGUAAAUUAGGCGAUGUAAGAUUCGAAAAAGAUGCUCUAGAAAUUGCAAGAAAUAUAAGUACCGAAGACUUUGCUGAAAUCUUAAGAAAGAAGAUAACGAAAAAAACUCAUGAACCAGAAUAUUAUGGAGGUAUCUUUGAACCAGUAAAAGACCAAGGAACGACAAACAUUGCAAUUGUUGAUUCUGAUGGCAAUGCUAUUGUCGUUACAACUACAGUAAAUCUAUUCUUUGGUGCUCAAGUAGCUUCAGAAAGCACAGGAAUAAUUUGGAAUUCACAAAUGGAUGACUUUUCGUUACCAAAACGGCCAAAUUCAUAUGGUUAUCCGCCAGCUCCAGCAAACUUUAUUGCUCCUGGGAAACGACCACUGAGCUCAAUUAGUCCACUUAUUUUUAUAAGCAAUGACACUAAAAAGGUUGAACUCGCAGUUGGUUCAGCUGGAGGUUCGACAAUUAUUUCAACAGUAUCAUUAAUUGCAUACAGAAUUCUAACGCUCGGUUGGGAUAUAAAAACAGCACUUGAUGCUCCACGAAUUCACGAUCAACUUAUACCAAAUCGUACUGAAUACGAGUCGAAUUUUCCACAGGCAACUCACUCGAGUAGAGGACAUACGAUGGCAAUAACACGGGGUAUCGGAGAAGCCACCGCCGUACAUCCAGUUAAUCAAAGAGUCUAUGCUUACAGUGAUUUUCGAAAAGGAGUAGAAAGUCUUGCUGCUGGAUACUAA